UCAUCAUUAGUAAAACGGUCAGCUGAGAUUAAACUAGCGUCAACAAAAUUUACAACAAUAAACAUCAAAAAGUUUUUGCGAAAAUAAUCAAGAAAGAUAUUUGCGGACAUUGUGCAUGAAUCUAAAGUUUUUUUGUUGGUAAAUUUUCCCUCGUCUAAAAAGGAUUAAAGAUCAUUUCGUUUGAUGAGUUUAUGUUCAGAAGAAAUUGUUUCUAACAUGUUUGAAAGGGACUUAAUAAAAGCCGUUCAGCAAUAUCCUUGCCUUUAUGAUAGAAACAAUAAGACUUCUGAAAAGACAAAGCUAAUACUUAAGAAAUGUUGGAAUAAUGUAGCUACCGAAACGGGGGAGACUGUGGAAAAAUGCCAGACCCGUUGGAGAUCACUUCGUGACCGAUAUGUAAAAGAAUGCAGAAACUAUAUUGAUCGAAAUCAACUAACAGUUUGGCAGUAUAUGAACGAUUUAGAGUUUCUUCGUGAUUUUAUUGAAUCGCGGGGGCCUUGCAAAAAAAAAUAUGCUUCUUGUCCCGCAAGAUCGAGCGACAUGAUAAAAAUACAGAAGGGAGAACCUGAGCCAGGAACUUUUUCCAAUACUGACCGUACCGACUCGGAAGAAGAAGCUUGCAAUUCGUCGCUAAAAAGAUCUUGUUAUGAUAGCAUAGAUUAUGAAUCGGAAGACGACGAAACUACUGAAGAUGUAACUGAACCGAAAAGGCCUUUUAUUGAAGCGCUCGAGGAAUCGCCAAUAAACGAGCCCCGAAUUAGUCAAUCAUAUCAAAAUCCAUUACCACCAAGAACACGGUCAAGAGACGCCCAGGGAAAGUUUGAUUUAUUGGUUGGAACGUUGAAUGAGUAUAUUAAAAGUCGUAUUACGGAAAGACAGAAAAACAAUAACCAACAUUUCUUUGGUCUACUAGAUACAUACCUUUCAAAAUUGCCAGAAAAUGAGCAAGAUAAAUUAAAAGCUGACAUUUUAAUUAUGGUUAUGAAUAAAACUAGAGAAGAUUAAAUAAUAAUAAAAUUUAAUUAUAAUAAAUA